AUGUCUGACUGGGAGACCGGCCUCUGCGAAUGCUUCUCUGACUUCCCGACCUGUCUGUCGGCCUACUUCUGCGGCUGCUUCGACGUUGCGUACCACUACGCCGCCGCUGAGGACCGCGAGUGCGGCGUCGUCGACGGCCUCCUCGCCUACUGCUUCUUCCCCUGCUGCGCCUGCAUUGCUCGCGGUAAGAUCAGGGAGAAGUACAACAUCUCUGGCAGCUUCCUGGGCGACGUCCUGGCCGUGUGGUGCUGUGGCUGCUGCGCCGUCUCCCAGCAGUCGAGGGAGCUCAAGCACAAGGGUGUCAGCAAGUACUCCUGCUUCUAA